AUGGCCACCAUAUCUAAAGCACCCUAUAAAAAUUACGAAUUGAUUGGUGGUAUAUACGGCUUGUUUUUCAUGACAAUUGCCGAGUAUUACAAUAUAACAUACGAUGUGAUCAAUAAUAACGGUGUUUGGGGGGCACAACCUAUCAAUAAUACGUGGCCAGGGGUUAUCGGUAUGCUUCAGUCAAAGGACUAA